AUGUCGGCGAUUAUCUAUUUUUCUUUUUGUAUCUUAUUCCUUGCAUUAACAAUCUCCGCAAUACCGUCACCAGCAGCUGUCUAUUCAGCAAUCAUCUACAACGGACAAAAUGCGAAUAUCAAAUGUCGCAUUGGUUGGCAAACACCGUUAAACAACACUCUUCAAACUCAACGCAUUUCGGUUCCACAAAGUAAAUAUUUUACCGUCAAAGAAAAGCAUUUCGACAUGGGUACAUGGACAGCACGUGGUAUCAUAAAAUCUAUUCGUUGUGGAAAUUUAGUACUUCGAGCUCCAUUUCCAAAUGUUAAUACUGUAGAAGAAUUUUGGGAAUUUCGCGUGGAACCAACCAAAAUUGCAUCGGUUGGACCUAGUUCUCAUGUAAAUGAAAGUGUAAACUAA